UCGUAGGAUGCAUGGGAAGGAAACACACGCACACACCGCCGUUGCUGCUUGAGAGAGAGAGAGAUAGAGAGAGAAGGGAGGGGAAGGAGAGAGAGGGAGAGAGCGCCAUGCCGGGAGGCGCGGCCCGACCUCCAGUGCCAGUGACGGUCUUGCGAGGGCACACGUCCGGCGUCCAUGCGUCGUGUUACCUCAACGAGGAUAUUCUCCUGACCGGGUCCGAGGAUGGCGUGGUGAAGCUCUGGAACCUCGAGCGGAGGAGAGCCUUUGCCAAGUUUGAAGCGACUAGCCACGGCAUGGGGGUCCAGCGGCUCGAUCAUCUCGGCCGUGGUAAAAUCGUCAGUCAGGGCCGAGACAUGCUGAUUAAGGUGUGGGACGCCGAAAGCCUAGCGGCCGGGGGCGGUAGCGGCGUCGGGUCGUCGUCUCGGGCGGCAAUUACCCCGCAGCCCCUGCAGGUGCUCCCGACCGGAGCGUUUCACUUCUGCCAGUUCGCGCUGACGCGAUGGCGUGAUGAAGCAAGGCCAAAGGGCAAGGAGAGCACGAACAGUAGCAGCGGUGGUGGCAGCGAGCACGAUCCUCGAGAAGAGAGCAAGAGCGGCGGGAGGCAAGGGGAGGAAGAGCGGUCGCCGCCUUGUGGGCAGACGGGGCGAGAGGGAGAGGCGGCAGAACCGGCACCAUCCGCAGCAGCAGCAGCCAACGAUGGGGAAGCACAGCAAGGUUCUUUUCUCUCGGACGAAAGCUCCUUCGCAGAGAACGUCAUGCUUGCGCCGUGCGGGCAACAGACGUUGGUGUCCUUGUGGGACCUGCGGAAGGCGAGGCCGUCUUUCACCUUCGCUCCGAAAGAUGCCGAGCAGAAAGGCAUGGUGAUGUGCGUGCGGCUUCUGGGAGAGUCGCCGUCGUGCGCGAGCCCGUUCGCGGUGGUGGGACACGACGCCGGGCACCUGUGCGUGUACGACCUGAGGGCCACCUCCGCGGAGCCGCUGCUGGAGAUGCGGCUCCACAAGGCGCCACUACUCUGCGUGGACGUAGGGUCCUCCUGUAGGCAGGGCGUGUCUGGGUCUGCGGACGAGAGCAUCAACGUCUUCAGGUUGUCCACCAGAAAGGCGAGUUGUGGGGGGGGUGGGGUGGAGGUGGGGAGUCUACCUGGGAGCGCGUCCUAG